AAAUAGUACAAAGGAGCAAGGCAUAUUCUAUUUUCAGUCGUCACCAACAAAGAGUAGAAACAGAGAAAUCUCUGCGCUCGUCGGGCAGCUAUUAAGAUCCAAUCGUAUCUUCGCUCCUCCAAAAAUUCAGUCUCUUCACUUCUCUACUGUCAGUAAAGGAUUGUCAAGUUGAAUUUUUAUGGAGGGUGUUGGAGAUGGUGGUGCAUCAGCAGCUGCAGCAUUGAACCAACGGAGGCUUGAACUUUCAAAACUUUUCCAGUACUACUUAGAUAAAACCACUCCUCAUGCACUCUAUAGGUGGAUUGGAACUGUUGGCCUAGCAUUGCUUUAUGCUCUUCGGGUUUAUUAUGUUCAAGGAUUCUACGUUGUUACAUAUGGUUUGGGCAUCUACAUACUCAAUCUGCUGAUUGGUUUCCUAUCACCUCUUGUUGAUCCUGAGCUGGAACCUUCUGAUGGGGCUAUGUUGCCAACUAAAGGUUCAGAUGAGUUCAAGCCUUUUAUUCGUCGUCUUCCGGAGUUCAAAUUCUGGUAUGCCAUAACAAAGGCUUUCUGUGUGGCAUUUGUCAUGACUUUCUUCUCCAUAUUUGAUGUUCCUGUAUUCUGGCCUAUACUGUUGUGCUAUUGGGUUGUCCUUUUCAUCCUUACAAUGAGGCGGCAAAUUACGCACAUGAUCAGAUACAAAUACAUCCCAUUCAACCUUGGAAAGCAGAAGUACUCAGGGAAAAGGCCAUCAGGAAGUGGCAGCAGCACAAGGGAUUGAACUGAUUGUGUUUUAGACCAAAUGGAGGAGGAAAGAGGAGAUAGUCGAAAGUGCAAAGAAAAGAAAAAAUAUAUGGAAUUGCUACAUAUUUUUUAGUUAAAUGGGAUUUGUACUUGCAUAAACUCUAACCUGAAUACGGAGUCUGAAAAUUUAGUUCCUUAGUGACCUUCCAUUAUUAAAUUUCCAGCUUUGUGUUCAUCUUUGCUGACAACAACAACAACAACAACAAGAUGUUCUGUUUAUAUACCAGUGAUCAUCUUUGCUGA